UAUGUGAUGUCCACAAACUCGUGUUUCGGAUAGAGUAUGAGUAAAGUCGGAAGCAAAUUUAUCUACAGUUUCAAACAACUCCAAGAGUCAUGCAUACUCAUAGUUUAAAAAAAUAACUUACAAUAAAAAAAAGCAAACGAACAGCUCAUAGAUUGUUAGUAGUGGUAGAAUAUUGCAAGAUUUCUUAAAAAACACAUUACCCAGUUAUAUUGCGAUCUAAUUUUUGAUUUUAUCAAUAAAGUAAUUACUUUAGAGAAAUUAUUCCUUUGUAUGCACUACAUAGCUGCCACCAAUCACAAUGGUUCGUUGUUGUAGUAGUGCACCAAGAUGUGUGCAUGGAUUUACAAAAAUAAGCAGCUGUGAUUGAUGGCGUGCACAAUUAUGUGUUGCCAUAUUGUAGAAAAUAGUUGUAUUCUAGAAUUCAAAUCUAUAUCAUUGCACUUGCCGAUCCAAACAUUUAUCAUUAUACCAAACAAUGUUCUCCAAUAUUCAAAGCUUUAGGAUUAAUAUUAGGAUUCCUAACAAUUUAAAUAUAUAUCAUUGCACUUGUCCAUCCAAGCAUUUACCAUUAUACCAAGCAAUGGACCAAUGGUCUCCAAUAUCCUAAAGCUUUAGGAUUAAUAUUAGGAUUCCUAGGAUUGACAUUGGCAAUCCGACCUAUGGAUUUGGAGAGUUUGAGAAGGCCGUAAUAGUUCGAGCCCCAAAAGCAGCAGCAGCCUUCGAUCGAAAAGGUUGCAGGCGAGAUUGAGGGAAGACUAGCGUCGACCCGGGGCUGCUCAUGGUUCUAUUUUUUUUCCCAUUGGCUGGAGAAAAAGAAGUCUAGCGUCCAACUUACAAUGAUAGAGUGGUAAUUGUAAUGGAAAUUGGCUCUCUAUUGGCUCGGGAACUGCAACCAUUUAUGCUCCUUUCCAUCGUAAUCACCAGAAAGCAAAUCCUCCCUCUCGGAAUAAUAACCAACAAAUACUUCCCCCUCUCCACAACCGCUGUAGAGCCAAGCCCCCACAACCACCAGCCCAAAACCCAAUCCAUCCAGUCCUCCAACAAAGAAAUUGCCACCUACAUCCGUAAUGGAGACUUGGACUCCGCCCUCAGAGUCUUCAAUUCCCUGCCCCUCAAAACCACCAUCUCUUGGAACUCCCUCCUCGCUGGGUACUCCAGGAAGCCCGGAAAACUGAAAGAAGCCCUCCAACUGUUCGCUCAAAUUCCCCAACCGGAUGUCGUCUCCUACAACACCCUCCUCUCCUGCCACCUCCUCAAUGCCGACCUUCACGGCGCCCGCCUCCUCUUUCAGACCGUGCCUUUCAAGGACCUCGUCUCCUGGAAUACCAUGGUCUCUGGGCUGUCCCGGCAUGGCGCCAUGGACGAGGCUCGAAAGCUCUUCUCGGCAAUGCCUCAGAAGAAUUCGGUUUCUUGGAAUGCUAUUGUCUCUGGAUAUGUGCAUGCCAGCGACAUGAGCAUGGCUGAGGAGUUCUUCAAUCGAGCACCGGAUAAACAUGAUGUUGUGCUCUGGACAGCGAUGAUAUCUGGGUACAUGAAUUGCGGUAAGAUUGACAAGGCUCUGGAGUUGUUUGACAGAAUGCCUGCAAGGAAUUUGGUGUCUUGGAAUGCUAUGGUUGCGGGGUAUGUUAAGAAUGGUCGGCCCGAGGAUGGGCUAAAGCUUUUCAAGACAAUGGUUGGGAGCAUUGAGGUGAGGCCAAAUUCAUCGACCCUGAGCAGUGCUCUGCUCGCCUGUAGCAAUCUUUCGUCUCUGGAAUUGGGAAAGCUGAUCCACCAAUUUGUUUUAAAGCUGCCGCUUGGUUUUGAUACAACAGUCGGUACUUCGCUAGUGAGCAUGUAUUGCAAGUGCGGGGUUUUGGAUGACGCCUGCAAGAUUUUUUAUGAAAUGCGUAGAAAGGAUAUCGUCACAUGGAAUGCAAUGGUCUCUGGGUUUGCACAGCAUGGACAUGGGGUGAAAGCAAUAGCAUUGUUUGAUGAGAUGAGGAGUGAGGGAGAAAAGCCCAAUUGGAUCACCUUUGUCGCGGUCUUAUAUGCUUGCAACCAUACCAGAUUGCUUGAUCUUGGCAUCCAGUACUUUGAAUCAAUGGAGAAGGAUUAUGGUAUCAUGCCCCAAAUAGAUCAUUACUCUUGCAUGGUUGAUCUUUUCUGCCGAGCUGGUUUACUGGCAAAAGCAGUAUGCUUCAUCCACUCAAUGCCCAUUAAGCCACAUCCAGCCAUGUUCGGGACCUUGUUGGGGGCUUGCAGGGUCCACAAGAACUUGGAGUUUGCUGAGUUCGCAGCUCAAAAACUAGUUGAACUAGAGCCAUGGAAUGCAGGGGCUUACAUCCAAUUGGCUAACAUAUACGCAUCCAUGAACAGAUGGGGCGAUGUCUCGAGGGUGAGGCGGUUGAUGAAGGAGAGUGAGGUGAUAAAAACACCAGGAUAUAGUUGGAUCGAGGUGAGGGGUGUCGUUCAUGAGUUCAGGUCAGGUGACAGAGUUCACUUGCAAUUGAACUUGAUCCAUGAAAAAUUGUCUGAGUUGGAGAAGAAGAUGAAGAAAGUGGGUUAUGUGCCAGAUCUUCAGUUUGCAUUGCACGAUGUGGGCGAGGAGCAGAAGGAGAUGAUGCUGAUGCGGCAUAGUGAGAAGCUUGCUAUUGCUUUUGGGUUGAUUAGCACAUCUUCAGGGACUAAGCUGCGGGUAUUCAAAAACCUUCGGGUAUGUGGAGAUUGUCACAAUGCUGCCAAGUUUAUUUCCAUGAUUGAAGUACGGGAUAUCAUUCUCAGGGAUACUACUAGGUUUCAUCAUUUCAGCAAUGGCAGUUGCUCUUGUGGGGAUUACUGGUGAAGAAGCUCCCAAAUUAUCCCACGAGAGGCAAUCACCAAGAAGGCAUCGUUGCUGCAUAGGGACCAAAACAGUAAAGCUCUGCAAAUCGAAAAUGCAUAAUCAACAAGCAGUAUAAAGUGAAUAAAUUAUAGUGGCUCAUAAAUCUGAAUUUAACAUUUGAAGAUAAGUAGGUCACAAACUUCAUGAAAUUCUUAAAGUUACCUAAGACAUGUUCUGAUGGGUCUAUGCUUGUCUCUGAGCCUGAAGUGUGGCCCUUGGUUGCUGCAGUCCUUGAUUUUGCAAUAGAAGCUUUGGCAGAUUUAAGUGAUCUACCAGACAGCUGUUGCAAGAAUGAGCUUCAAAAAGGAAUUUGAGAACAUCGGAGCAAGACAAGCAUACAGGGCAGCAAUAUAGUUAUACUACUGAAUUUGGAAGAGGAUCAUGCAGAUACAAAAUAUUGAUGCGAUAGAAGUCUUUUUCAGGCCUUCAAUAUCAUUCUAAGUCUGGUAUUGUCUGUUUACUAGAGCUGAAACGUUGCCUGACCACAAUUCAAGUUUAUGCUUCCUGAAGUGCAGAGGAUAGAGUUCAUUUAAAAAAUAAUGGUGCAGACAGAAAAGUUCUCAACUAUUUUUUUUUUCUCAGGAUUGGGAAGCCUUGCAAACUUCCAAGUGCGAUCCAGAAGCACAUAUGCAGAAGCCAAUCAAUUGGCAAUUGUUCGAUAGCAAUAAUUUCUACUUAAUGCCACCUAUUUGAUAGUUGUAAUUGCAUCAAGGUUGAUACAUAUUGGAAUUUGAAUUUCAAAAUGUACAUUUGCAGUGAAAGAGGACUAUAACUUGUUUAUGAUCUUUGGCAGUGAAGAAGUAUAUGGGUAUCACAGUGCAAUUCAGU